UUGGAUGCAGUGCGCAUGCGCACGAAGAAAAAUGAUGCCGAUGUGGCUGAGGUGACGCUAAACUUUAAUUCUCUCCAUUUUAAGCACAUAUUCAGAAUGAACGCGUUUAUUCUGGCUGUCGUUUGUGUCUGCGGCUUUGCUGCUGGGAGUGAAGACGAGAGACUGCCCAAUAAGUGCGAAGUUUGUAAGUUUCUCACAAUGGAGCUGCAGGAGACUCUGGAGAAAACUGGUCGCUCUAAAGAGGUUCUGGAGGUUGGAGAGGUGCUGGACACAGGCAAGAGGAGGAGGAAGAUUAAAUACAACACCUCAGAAACUCGUCUGACCGAGGCGGUGGACAACAUAUGCGAGCGCAUCCUGCAGUACAACGUUCACGCCGAGAGGCCUGGUAGCCUCAGAUACGCCAAGGGCUCCAGUCAGACCAUGACGACGCUGAAGAAUCUGGUCAACAAAGGAGUGAAAGUAGACCUGGGCAUGCCAUAUGAGCUCUGGGACGAGCCAUCUGCGGAGGUGACAAAUAUGAAAAAACAGACAAAGUGUGUUUUAUGCGAUCAGUGCGAGACGAUGCUGGAGCAGUACGAGGACGUGGUGGAGGAAUGGUACUUCCACCAUCAGGACCGGAGGCUGGAGAACUUCCUCUGUGAGAACCACGUCCUGAAGACGUCAGAGCGAGAAUGUCUUGAGGAGGUGUGGAAAGGCGACUCCGGUCUUAAAGGAGGAGCUGAGGAAGAAAAAAGAGCAGAUAAAGAGGGAACGACACACGAUGCCAGAGAACUUUGAGGGAAAACUUUUGGACGAAAGUGAAGACAACACUACACCUCAGCUGCAUCACAGAGGACAGAAGCUGAAAUUAUGCACAGAGGAAGUCUGUUAUUCUGUUUGCAGAUGGAUAAUCGGCAUGUUGCAACAUGACACUUUAUAUAUUAUUUGCAUCACAGCAGUAUUUCUACUUCAUAUUGCCCCAUGUACAGUUUUAUAUAUUUGAAAUAAACCUUUUUAACAACAUAAA